UGUCUUGUAGUUACGCUAGGUGGGGUUCAGGGGCACUUCCUGCAGAAAGCGUGCGUCGGUUUCCCUGGCAACGGUUCCGUACCUGAGACGCUUGCGCAGUAGGAAGAGAUACUUUUCUGAAAGAGCGGAGUAAAUAUCUACAAACAAGCUAAUUGAAUUUAAUUAAACAAAAAAAAGGUCUUAACUGAAUACCUGCAUAAAACGUAUUGCCAGUAUCGUGUCUGGUUUAUACCCUCUUUUCCCGGAGCCGGGUGGGUCUUUGGUACCGUAUCCCACAAUGCCCUGUUCCACUUAGCCUCGUAUCUCUAGGAGACGCGAGAGCAGGCGCCACCUCGAGCUCCUCGGGUGGAGUGCGGCGUUCAUACCGAGGCAAUGGCUGGUUGUCAGUAGAGCAUCCCGGCGACCUGAAGCACGGCCGAAGCCGAGGGCAGCUCUCCGCUGCCGCCCAGUAGUUGCCACCCGCGUUGACAGCGUCCAGACUCCCCAAAGGAGUGUUUUAGUGACAGACUGCACCAUGCCAUCGCCCUACCUAUCAUGCCAAAGAAAAAGCGCAGCAAUAUUUUUGUGAAGACUUAGCCUGUAUCAGUGCAUGUUCUUCUCACCUCUUAGCCUGUCCGCACCUGGGAGGGACAGCAAGAAAGUUUUAUUGUGGAAGUGGCUGCAUGGAGAGCUUAUAAAGGCCAACACUCCCAUCCCUCUUUCAGCCGCAACUAAGUGUAAAGCCGCUACAAUACCUACGGGGCUGGCCGGGAUCCAUUAUGGCGUCUAUCAGCUUGGAGAACGAGCUGCAGAGUGCCCAGAAUAACCUGCUCUUCUUGCAGCAGGACCACGCCAACACUCUGAAAGGCCUGCACUCCGAGAUACGCCGGCUGCAACAGCACUGCACUGACUUGACUUAUGAGUUGAUGGUGAAAAGCUCCGAUCCAGCAGACGGUGGCGAGGCACGCUGUGCCGAGCUGCGCAGGAGGUGCGAGGAGUUGGAGGUGCAGCUAAAGGCCAAAGAGGAGGAAAACACAGAGCUGAUGCGUGAGCUGGAGCAGAAGACCGCCAUGAUCUCCGUGCUGGAGAACACCAUCAAGGAGCGGGAGAAGAAGUACCUGGAGGAGCUGAAGUUGAAGAGCCACCGGCUGGCCGUGCUGUCGGGUGAGCUGGAGCAGCGGGCGGGCACCAUCGCCUACCUCACUGCACAGCUGCACGCUACCAAGAAACGACUGCUGUCUGGUGGCUCCUCCGAGGGCAGCCCUGGGGGCAGCCCUGCCGCGUCUUAUAAGCCGGCCCCGCCCCCCCCUCGGGAGCAGCAGCCAGACACACCACGCCGGCGCAUGCGCAAAAGCCUGUCGCAGCCACUGCAUGCAGACUAUGCUGAGCUGUGCCGGGCGGGGGCGGACGGCCGACGGCUGGCACUGCGGGAUGCACUGGAUGCCAUGCCCGACCCAACGCCGUUCCUGCAGGCGCGUGAGUUGGCUGCAGAGGCCCCCCUGCCACGUGAGCGCCCUGCUGUCAUCCCACCCAUCUCCCGUGAACGCUCCCCAGCUCCUUCCGACCCUGCUAGUCCACGACACGGCCUCUCCCAGCAGCCUCGGGCCCAUGUGGGUGUGGCCCACCGCAUACAUCGAUCGGCCCCGCCCACAGCUGUACAGCCCGAGCUCCAGACACUGGCCGUAGAUCAGGUCAAUGAUGGCAAGGUAACGAGGAAGGAAUCGGGCACAGACAGAACAGUAUGAGAGCCCAUCUUGCCUGCCCCCCGCCAUGCUGCAGCCGAUGCAAAAACAAAAACGGCGGCACAAAGAUGGCGCCGUGUCCUUGGUCCUCCACGCAUGCCAAAAUGAUGUCCCCUCAUCUUUUUAGCGCAUUGUCUCGCAUCACCUGUGCAUCCCAACAGACAUGUUAGAGGCAAACAAAAUCCACAUAGCUGACUAUGAGGCGCAUCUCUGCCGCCCCCCUUCUGCAGUUACAGUACAUGAUACACAGUGCACUCAGCUUACACCCUGCCAGAAUUAUUAACCCAGUGCACUGUCAGCAAGCUUCAUCUAGUGACCUGCAGCGAAGUGCUACCAAUGUGUGUUUUCUAAUUAAACGACUUGCUGAA